UGUUCGCCACCUUCUCCCUGGUCCCCUUCCUCCCCGCCUAAAGCGCCGUCCUCUUCAUCACACUUCUCCUUCUCUCGAAGCUGACCUUGAUUACCAACGCUAUCUCGAUCUCCCUUCAUCAUCAUCUGACGAACAACCACAAGGUAACCUAUUAUAUAUAAUCGCUUUUUCUUUUUAUUUCCUUCCCUUUCUAUUUUCAUGUUUUAAUUCUGUUAUGGUUUAUUUCCCCAAAGUAAUUUUCUUUUUUAACUAUAAUUGCUUGAUGGGAUUGUAUUGGUUGUUGAUUGGACGGAGCUUACUUAUGUUUUCCAAACGAGAAGAGAUGGGAAGUUUGAUUAAUGAUUUUUGUUUCAGCAAGGUGAUUAUUGGGUCUUGUUUUAUGUUGCUCCCAGGAGAAAGUUUGGAAAAUUUUGUGAGAGUUGAAGGUUAAUUGUAGUCUAAUAGAGGCUACACUGAGAACAAUGCAAUCAAAUGGAAGAUAGUCUGAUUAAUAAGGGUAGAGGAAGUUGUAAGAAAACUUUAAGAAAAAAAACCUUUAAAUGAUUUUACUGAAAUUUUGGUUUUUGAAAGAGCUUAACGGUGUCAAUUGAUCUGCGCAGCUUAUUCCACCUAGCUGGAAGGCACGGUUUUUGUUGCUAAUGUUGUUUCUUUAUGGUUUUUAGCUAGAAUGUGUCCUUACAUGAUGAAAGGUUUGCUUUGGUCAUAUUCUGGUCUAUAUAAUAAUCUUGAAUUUAUUCUCUUUAUUCUUAUACUGAAUACUUUUGUAAAAUAUUAUGUUUUAUGUAUAGAGUGAAGGCUUUUGAUGAAACACAUUUAAUUCUCUAAUAUGUCUCUAAAAUAAACUUCAAACGAAUAAGGUUAACAAAGUUUGUUCAACUUGUUCUUAUCUUUUGGACACAUUGAUAUAUUUUGGUUUAUUUAUGACACUUAGUUGAGGCAACUAGGUGAUGGUGUAUUGUAGGCUAAUGUCUAUCAAGUCAGAAAAUGUUUUUUCAAUGGAUUUUGGAACAACUUUUUUUUUUCCCCAACUUUCAUGUUAGACUAUGUUGAGUGCUUUUUGUUUGUGCAACAACAAUCUCCACAUUUGCAGGAUGGAAUGUAAUUUGCUACGGUUCCUGUGUCAGAAUACAAGUAAGGAUGUUUUCACCUGGCUUACACUUAUGUUUAGUUUCAUCUGUGUGAGUGCCAUUACCGUUUUAGGUGUACGAUAUUGUUGCAAUGGAGAAUUAUAUGUGAUUCUGAUGAUGGGUGUUACCUUUCUGUCUUUGCAUAGACAAUGGUUCAGAUCCAGUGAAUUCGGCUGGCUAUAAUGCUGUUGCCUUUUCGUAUGAAAAUUAUAAUGGGUCCACUGAGACAAAGGACAAUGAUACAGAGUCUGGUUUUCGUCCUAACUUCCCAGUACCAGAAAGCUUACUCCAUAACCUGGUGAGUAACCUCAGUCUUAACAUUUAUUUUCAGCAUGCGAUUUUCACAUGUUAAACAUUUAAUUGACCUUUCAUGUUUGACCCAUGUGAUUAGGUGAUAAUUGUAUAGGGUACAUAUGUUAUUCUAAGGCUUAUGAUGUCUAAGUUUCAGAUGCUCGGAGCAUAUUUGGAGUUCUUGUGACUCAAGGUAGCCCAUUCACAGGCACCUUGUUUCCUUUUGAUGUCAUGAGAAGGGGCCGUGCAGCCUCCAAAUGAGAAGGUACAUCAGAUUAUUGCAAGAACUGCAAUGUUUGUCAGCAAACAUGGAAGCCAGUCAGAAAUUAUUCUGAGGGUGAAACAAGGAGAUAAUCCAGCAUUUGGGUUCCUUAUGCCCAAUCAUCAUCUUCAUGUGUAUUUUAGGUUUCUUGUUGAUCAUCAAGAACUUCUGAAAGUUGAAAAAGAUGAUGGCAACUCAACUGUGGAGAAGAAUAGAAGUCAGGGGCUUGAUCAAACAGGUGGUGCAUUGUCUUUGCUUGGAUCUGUGUAUGGAUCGGGGGAGGAGGAGGAUGGUACAACUGAGAAUACCUUUGACUUUGAUAGAAACAAAUGUGAGGGAGCUGUUGAUGCUGUUAGUACUUAUGCUUCUACAGGAACAGAACAGGCAGAAUCUUCUUCAGAUGCUGCCAAGAAGGAUGGAAGCAUUUCUAAAAAUUCAGUAUCCUCUUUGAAAGAAAAAGUUCCUGUCAUAAAGCGGAAUCAUUCUAUAAGCACUGUUAAGACAGCAACUGCAGCUAGGGCAAAAACAGUUGAUGCCUUGGAUUCAGUGUCUAAUGCGGUGGGCAAGUCACAAACUUCUGUCCCCAGUGCAGCUAAGAUUGAACUACCUGUUGUUGAACCUCCGUCUGACUUAAAGAGAGUUAUUGAGAAGAUAGUUGAGUUCAUCUUAAAAAAUGGCAAGCAACUUGAGGCUGUUCUUGCUGAACAGGAUCGUGCUCAUGGAAGGUUCCCAUUUCUUCUGCCAUCUAAUCGAUACCAUACGUACUAUCUGAAAGCUCUUCAAACUGCUGAAGAGUCUAAGUUACCAGGCAAGGGCUUCCAGAAACACAAGUCAGGGGGACGUGCAGGGGACAAUAAUACCACUGUAUAUGAAGAAAGCGACAAUCUUUCAUUUGGAUCUAUGGGUUCUGAUCUACCCAAUGAUAUGGACCGGAAAGAGAAAUUCAAGAUGAUUAUUGGCAAGUCAAAGAAGGAUGGUCAAGAUUCAAAUCCCAAAGACAGUCAAACUCAUAACACAGUUGGCAUGGAUGCAGCGGCAGCAGCGGUUAUUCUUCAGGCUGCCACUAGGGGUAUCAAAAAUCCUAAUUUAGAAGUUUUUACGAAGACAUCAAGUGGUUGUGGUCAAGGCAUUGGAAGUGAUGGUGGGUAUAUGUCCAACUCUGGGAGUCUGUAUUCAUCUCAACUGCAGGGUUUUGUGGAAAAUCCAAAUCUUAAUGCAGAGGCUAGGGCUUCUGUUCCUGUUGCAAAAGCUAUUGCAGAAAAAGUAGCUAUUGCAGCAGCAGGUGAGGCGGACUCCUCUGAAGCACAUAUGACUAAAGAGCAGAAGCUUAAGGCAGAGAGAUUGAAACGAGCAAAGUUGUUUGCAGCCAUGAUAAAAAGUGGGGUCGGAGCAUUUAAAAGUGAACUGCCACGAGGUUUAUCAGCUGAGCCACCAGGCUCUGGACUUUCAGGUUCAGAUGCUGAGAUUGGGAAUCUUUUGGGUAAAGAAAGGGAAGGAAGUUCUGUUCCAUUCAAUGUUGAUGAUUCAGAUAAAAGUCAAAAGUCUGAGGAUAAGCUUUCUGUUGAUAAUUCAGAUAAAAGUCACAAGUCUGAGGAGAAGCUUAAUGUUGAUAAUAAUGAACGGCGAUCAAAACGAAGGUACCGCUCAAGAUCUAGUAAACAUGAGCAAGAGGAAGAAGAAGAGGAGGAGGAGGAGGAGGAAGAAAUUAGAGAAGAUAAAAGGGAUCACAAACGAUCCAGAAAAAAGCAUCGAUCUUCACACAGCAGUCGGGACAGGCAUAAGCACAAGAGAAGACAUUCCUCCUCCAAAGACAAGGGGACUAAGCAUGACAGCUCCUCCGACUAUGAGCAUCAACAUUCAAGGCAUCAUCGUAAAUACGAUAGUUCCUCUGAUGAAAAGCAUCACUCUUCUCGACGACGACAUAGAGAGAAUAGUAUGUCAGAUAAUGAGCAUAGACAUUCUCGACAUUCACAUAAACAUCAUACCUCAUCUGAUGAUGAGCAUUGGCACCGAAGCAGAAAUGUAAAACAUAAGAGCAGAUAUCAUGCUGAAAGAGAAACAGACUUGGAGGAGGGGGAGAUAAGUAUGAAAUCAGAUAAGCCAAAAAUGAGUGAGGUUGGCCGUGCUAGCAGAGAGGCUUCUGCCGGAUUAUCCAAGUCGGAUCACCAUGCAAGGUCACCACCAUCUCAAUCACCUGAAACAACCAAUGUUUCUGAUGAGCUGAGAGCCAAAAUUCGAGCCAUGUUGAUGGCUAACUUGUAAGAGCUACAUAGGCCUGACAAUUGUAUUGUUUUACUUUAAUUGUAAUAUCAUAGUUCCUUUGUUCCCUCAGGCAGAAAUCAUGUAGUUUUGAUUAUUCCUUUAUUUUGACCUUGCCUAACAUCGCAUAUUGAACAAAUUCAGGUGGCAAGCAGGAGAAAUCUGUGUAUCUAUCAUUUUACUACCAACCCAAAGAAACGUUAACUAGAUUAGUGAUUAUUCCCAAUUCAAUUUAU